GUCUCUGAGAGGCACCGAACUAGUCCAGCCGGUUUUGGGCCUUUUUUGAUUUUCUUUUUCCCUGCGCAGAGGCACCGCAGACGGGGCAGAUCAGCUGGAAAAAGAAGGCGCAGCGACAUCCCACAGGAAAGCGACAAUGCCCCCUUUCCCUUCUGUCCCCUGCUUUGCAAGCUGGGCUUUGGAGCAGUGAGAGGACAGGACCUUUCCAAGGGAAGAUUGGCCAAAAUCCUGGGUCUCAUUGCUUUUCCAGAGCCUCCUCGGUUGGUGCAACAUUGGUGACCAAGGCCCAUUUCAAGUCAAGACUUCUGCAAUGGGGUAUCUGCUGUUCUUCUUCACCUUGGCUUUGGUCUUCCCGGAUCCUGCCCAGCUCCAGCCCUGUUCCUCCGAGAGCCCUUCCCUGGUCCUCCGGUUUGAGGAUGUGGGGGCCGACCAGCGGAUUCUGGCCCAUCAUAGAUCUCCCGGUGCCAUGGACCCUCUCUAUAGCCUGGUCCAGAGCUACCUGGAUGUGGUCCAGCAGAACUCUUUCCCUACAGAUCUCUUGAGGGACGCCUUGAAGGACCCACCUUCUGCUAGCACUUCUCAGAUCCUCCAGUAUCAAACAGGAUACAUCAUCUGUGCCACGAUAGCAGUUGUCUAUUUUGUGUCCGUACCUGUGAUCGGGCUGAGCAUUUGCUGCUGCCGGCGGCGCAGGCGCUGCGGUGGGCGCAUCAAGGCCUACCGCCGUUCCCUCAUCUGCAAACGCAACCUCCUCAUGCUGUGCCUCCUCCUCACCACUCUUUUCAAACUGGCUGGUGUUAUCUGUGCUUUUGCAGCCAAUCAGAAGGUGAAGGAAGAGAUGGAACCGGGCACCCGAGAUGCGCUGCACACCCUCCAGGCUGUGAGGCACCAUGUGAAUGGCAUUCCCCAGGGAGUUCAGAGGGCAGUGGAUCAGUUUGCCGUUCCCAAAGAGCAAAUUCUCCACGACUUGAACAAUGUUGGCUGGAGCAUUGGCAGCACCAUCCAGUUGGUGCUCAAGGGGACGGUAUAUUCUGCCAUGGCGGCUAUGAAGGGCAGAGUGCAAGACCUCCAGAACUCACUGCACCAUUUACAGACUCUCAACAUGACCGUCCGGGCACUGAUCCGGUACCAAGGCGAUCUGGAACCGGCGCUGAAAGAUCGGAAGCGAAGCAUCACUUCCCUUCUGCACCAUCCGCAGUGCGCCUACUGCCUUAGUGUCCUGAGCAGAGCAGAGAGCUUGGAGCUGGGUGCCAACUACCGCAAAGUGCCUUCAGUCGAAAGAGUUUUGAAAACUUUGCAUGGACUCCCCAAAGCCAAUUUCACCGAAAUGAUUCACCAGGCCAACAGGACUUUUAACUCCAUCCCACAACUGACCGAAAAAAAGAUGGAAGAGGUUGUUAGAGACCUCAAGGCGGAGAUAGAGAAAGCCACAAGAAAAAUCCAGUCCAUUGCAGAUGGUUUCCCGAUCUUAGAUCACACACGGCCGAUGAAUGAUGCUCUGAUCAAAGCGGAGAACAGCAGCCGGCCUUACUUGAAGGAAGUGAAGCAUUACGAAAGAUACAGGUGGAUCAUAGGUGUCAUUGCAUGUACAGUCAUCCUACUGAUCGUCUUCUGCAAUCUCCUGGGACUUGCGCUGGGCACUUAUGGGCUGGCAGUACGGGAAGAUCCCAGCGACUACGAAAGCAGGGGAGAAGCUGGAGCCAAACUCCUCUUGACUGGUGUUGGCUUCAGCUUCCUCUUCUCUUGGAUCUUGAUUCUCUUGGUCUUCGGCACUUUCCUGGUCGGUGGAAACGUCCAGACCUUACUGUGCAAGCAUUGGGCCAACCAGGAGAUUUACAAGUUUAUCGACACACCGGGCAACCUGCCUCCUUCCAUGAACAUCUCUCAGCACCUGGGCCUGAAGAAGAAUCUCAACAUAACUACUGCUUACCAGCAAUGCAAGAAUGGGGCAGGUUUCUGGGAAGUUCUGCACCUGGAAGACAGGUAUAAUCUUAAUGAGCAUCUCAGUAUUGCCAAGUACACCACAGAGUUUCAGAAACGUCUCGCCCAUUUCCACACCCGCUUUGAAGAGAUCGUCUUGUUGAAUGCAGAAGGGAGAAAGGACCUGGAGACCUUCAGAGACAGCCAGAUUGACCAGAUAGACUAUGCGGCUUUUGCAGCAGAGAUACGCAAUCCUGUGGUGCAAACAAAUGUGGAAGGUUUGGCCGGGGACUUAGAGAGACUAAGCACGGUUCAGAGCGACCGAACGCUGGCAGAGCGGCUGGCGGAUGAAGCCAAGAAGCUGAAAAAGAUUCAGAAUAUGACUGUCCUUAUGAUGGAAGUCCUGGUCGAAAAGCUGAAAGAAAGCAUCCAGUUCUUAUCAACAAUGGCUCUCGACCUCCAGGACCUCAUAAACAGCACCGAAUCCCAGAUUGGCCAUGCUGAGACCAUUAUCCCUUUAGAGUCUCAGAAGAUCCUGAGACAGGAGCUGAGUUGCUUCGAAAGGAAAGAGAUGGGCUACAUUUCCCAGUACCUGAAUUGGCUGAGGAGUGUGUUAACUGAGGACGUUGCUUCAUGCCAGCCUUUCUCCACUGCUCUGGACAACAGCCGAGUGAUCUUGUGCGACCGCAUUACAGAUGCUUGGAAUGCCUUCUGGUUCAGUCUGGGCGGCUGCACCUUCUUCCUCAUCCCCAGCAUCUUCUUUGCCAUCAAGACCACCAAACAUUUUCGUCCCAUCAGGCACCGACUUGUUUCUACUGGAUCAGAGGAAACCUACCCCUUCCACAUCCCCCGCGUAACGUCUCUGCGGCUGUAGGAAGCCUCUGCGUCCAGAUAUCCAGAGAUUUCCUUGGGAGAGUGCCUGGAUCCCUCCAAGGCUGGCCUUCCUUCUCCGCCGCGAAUAUAUCUUGAGAGUGAGUUUUCAGGAAGAAGACUUCUCUUGGACUCAGAACCUAUUCUCCUGUCAUCAUUAUUCCCUUCAUCAUGGAUUUUGCUUUGGCUGAAAGUAUCCCUUCUUGGUAUUCCUUCUUUGGUGGGGAAUGAAUGAAUAAACAUGUCAAUGAUGGCAAGACAGA